UGUGAAGUUCACAAGUUCCCGCACACAAAAUUAGACUUGGGAAUUAUUUCCAUUUCCGAGUCACCGCGAAAACUUGCGUAAAGUUUUGUCACCCACCCGGCCUAUAAAUAAAGCUGACAGCACUGAGCCGUGCGCGCUUUAUUCAAAUGUCUUUUAUCAUUUGUUUCCAGAAAAUGGAGAUGUAAAGUAUGACCCACAGAUACUGACAGAUGAGAAAUAUGUCUCAAAAAGUGAAGAAAAAGCACUACUACAGGCAGAAAGAUGUUGUUGCCAUUGAAGAGGAUGCAACACACGAAUUUAAAGGUCACCGCAACCUGGCAGUUGAAGAGUUACCUCCCUGGACGAAAGAGAGAAAAACAAUGAAAGCAUCAAGAAAGGCUGUGUCAAGAUCUCUGAAUGCAUUCCUCAAUACUGGUAAAGGUGGCACUGUCUAUCUUGGAGUGAUUGAUAAUGGCACCGUUCUUGGACUGAAGCUCACACUCUCUCAGAAAGACCAUGUAGUAGCCAGCUUACAGGACCUGUUCUCUCGCUACCAUCCUCCCGUCCCAUCACACAGGUACAAGGUGAAGUUUGUCCCGGUGUUGGGGCAGAGCAGCACUGAGGAGGAGGUGCUCAGGCUUAUUUCUAAGACAGACAGUGACUACUCCGACACCUCUCAGAGACACCGAGCCCACGAAUUCCGUACCCACCACUACUGCUGGUGUGAUAAAGACUAUGUUGCCCAGCUCAACAUGGGGGUGCUGUCUCCAGACUAUGUGGUAGAAAUUACCAUCAAGCCGUGGGACCCGGAUGACCCCAGCAACACUGAUGGGGUGGGGAUGGUGGUAAACCUGCACCCCAUGCAUGAAGAUGAGGAGGGCAAUGUUUAUAUGAGGAGGCAGGCCAGUACUGUCAAGUAUUCACUGAACGAUAUUGCCCAGUUGACACGGCAACAGGUGAAGGAAGAAUGUGAGGCGGAGAUCAGAAGGUUAAAGACAGAAAUAGCAAGCUUGUCCUGCCAAUCUGAUUCUGAAGAUCAGAACACAAACCACCAGCCCUGAUGUCUGAACAGUCAUGUUUGGUGUGGCCAGAUGACCAGACAGGUUUAAACCAUUAUGGAGUACAG